CGAAGCCUUGACAGAUAUGGGGGCCCGAUUGCGAAAUGGGAUCUGCUGUCAAAGGGAGGUGUCGUCCGGUGAGGCGCCUCGACAUCUCAUGGGUGGAAAUCACUAUCAUCUUCCUCUGUACUACGCGGACGGCACCAGACUACUGGCUCGCAUCCCCAUACCCAAUGCAAUGUCUCCACCAGAUCAGCUGCGCAAGCGUAUUGUUGUUUCAGAAGCGGCCACGAUGGACUGACAGCAUCGACACGGCGUAUCAGUACCCCUUGUUCAUGGAUAUGUCGCGACCGCCGACGAUUCACUCGACGCCUCAUGCAUUUUUAUACAGUGGCUGCCUGGUCGGACUUACUGGAUCUCUGAUCUCGCUGGCGCCGCGUAUAAAUCUUGGAUUACCCAGUUGGCCAGGCUCAUGAUUCAACUCUCCAGACUUCAAAUGAACAAAGUCGGCUCCCUAUAUUUUGACGGCAAGCAAUUCUUGAUCGGACCAUCGGCUUGCAUGGAACAUCUGCACUUUAUGGGUGACAAUAAGGCUCACUUCGGUCCUGCAUUCGAUUCCAUCAAAGACUUCCACUUGCACAAUAUUGCGAACAAGAUUCGGCGCAUCAAAGACGGCGAGGAGGUAGAGCUGUCGUUUCUCAUGAUUGCAGACAUUGUGCAUAUCCUCUAUCCAGAUGAACGGAGGUCGAAAGGUCCCUUCUUCAUGUGUCAUCCAGAUGCCAAGGGUGAUCACAUACUCAUUCACGGCGACAAGGCAUGGCUCAUAGAUUUGACCGGGACAUGGUUCACGUCGGCCCAGGAGGCGUUUGCUGCCCCCGACGCUCUAAUCGAUGUGAGGGCAUUCUACAACGGAUCCAACGAACUUGGACCGGCCGAAACCGAUUUCGCCGUUACCCUAGCAAGGCUGCAUCAUCCGCUGCUCGCACAACACGUUCGCAAAGACAAGCCUUUCCAACGCUUACAGCAUCUGCUGGCCGGCGACAGCCUCCAUGACCCUGAACAGUGGUGGGUGGGAUUACGUGCCCUAGCACUUGGCGUCGGCUAUGCUGGUGUGAACGAAUCCAUGUCCUGGGACGAGGGAAAGUCGUUCCUUCGGUUCAAAUUCUCCGUAGAACCGUAGAGGUUCAGAACUCGCACCAGUCGUUGUCUCUCCCAUCUGUACUAUUGAAUAAUCUUGCAAUAAUGUCCAUAGAUGGCGGCU